AACGGCGCUGGGCCGCGCCGGCCGCGCAGGUGAGGCCGCGCUCGCAGCCCCGCGGUCCCGCAGCCCCGCGGUCCCGCUCAGCGCCGCUGGCCGAGCGGGGACAAGGGCGGCGGACCGGCGUGGCGGGGCUGCUUCGGGUGCGCGGUCCUGCACACCCUCGGGCUGUGGCCGCGGGCACACCCCGGGCUGGGGGUGGGUUUCGAAGUGGCUCCCGGCGGAGGCGCCGGCCAGGCGGGGGUUCUGUCCUGCGGAGGUCGUGGUUUGGGCCACCUGCGCGUUCCUUUGUGAGGGUUGGUGGUCUGACUCGGUGCUUUAGCCAGCAGCUCUAUUCCUCUAGGCCAAGAAGUGACUCCUGCUGCUGAAGAGAGGAACACAGAGCCCUGUUUCUGUCAGCUGGCUGUGCCACAGCACUUUGGUGAACUCCAGGUAGCCUCUCCGCCCCUUCCUGGAGUCUCUGUGGAAGGACCAUGGAAGAAACUGAGGAGGAAAAAAAGGACGAGGCUGAUUAUAAAAGGCUUCACAGUUUUCCUCUGAUUAGGCACUCGGACAUGCCGGAGGAGAUGCGCAUAGAGACCAUGGAGCUGUGCGUCACGGCGUGUGAGAAGCAUGCCACCAACAAUGAGAGUGCUGCAAAGAUGAUCAAAGAGACGAUGGACAAGAAAUUUGGGUCCUCCUGGCAUGUGGUGAUUGGGGAAGGUUUUGGCUUUGAGAUCACUCAUGAGGUGAAGAACCUGCUGUACAUGUUCUUUGGUGGCAGCCUGGCUGUGUGUGUCUGGAAGUGCUCCUGACCCCUGGCUGGGUCCCAGACUUGCUGAAUACAAGAGAUUUCUUCCUGCUCUUGACAAGUUUUGUAUGAUCUGGAGGUGGGGCUUUAUUUUUAAUACUUAAAUGUCAAGAUUUCUUUUUUUCAUACUGACGUAACAAUUCUGUGGGAUACAUAAAGUUGGUGCAUGUGUGUGUAUAAACUUGCUAAACUGUCCUGUUCUUGCUUGUGGGAUUUCUCAUCUGUCUGUGGCUCUUUCCUUGGUGUUUGAGCUGGAGCAGGAGGGAAGUGAGGAAUAGGUAAUCUCUCAACACACUGCACAGCACCGCUAGCAGGGGAGAGCAAAAGUAAAAAGGUGCCAUCUAGCCCUACAUUUUUUUUUUUAAUUCCCAUUUAUUCCACAUAGUUUUCCUCUCUCCUCUGCUUUCUCUGCUAUCAUGCAGUAUGGCUCUGACCAGCACCUGUCUUUUCCUCUCUCUGGAUGCUGCUUAUUCUUCUUCCCUUCUGAGAUGUCUGUGCAGAGCUGAUAGCACCAAGGGUCUCCCUUCAGGCUGUCUGUGGAGGUGUGAGCCACAGGGAAGCAGUCCCAGAUUGCCCUUCCCUGCUGUUUUGGGAGGGUACAACAGCUGAGCUGCCUGGGUGUAGGAGGUUGCUAUGCAAACUGCCCCCUCCUUUCUCACCCACAGCACACAGAGACAGCAUGAAAACACAGGCGGCUGACGACGCCUGGGGAGUGGGUGAGAGCUCUUUUUAAGGCUCAAAUGCCUCCCUGUCAGUUCCUGGGGGUGUUGCAAGUGCUGUGUACUUUCAGCAUCUUGUUUGGAGGUUGACAGAGGAAGGAGGCUCCAUGUGAAAUAUAACUUGGUCAUCAGAAACCUAAUGUCUUUUCUGGACUUGCAUUCUUUUAGCCUGUUUCAUUUUUUAAAGCUGUUGGUGUUGGAGGAUCGAAUGAGCGUAACUAUGUUACGUGUAUGGCUUAUUUAUAAAACCUGGGGAACUGUGUUUUUACAAUAAAAGUUUAGUAAAAUGUC